CUCGAGGCAGAGAAGGAACACUUCAUCCGGCCCUUCCUCGUGCAAGCAUCUCUUCGGAACUCUCAACCAGACAACUCAAGAUGAACGACGAAGGUAAACUUUUCAUCGGAGGCCUCAGCUUCGACACCAAUGAGGAAUCCUUGAUGGCGGCUUUUGCCAAGUAUGGAAACAUCGCCAAAGCUGAUGUUAUCCGCGACAAAGACACUGGGCGGUCCCGUGGUUUCGGCUUCGUCAAGUUUGAUAAUGCCGACGAGGCCAAGGAUGCGUUGGAGGGAAUGAACGGAACCAGCCUGGAUGGACGGUCCAUUCGAGUGGAUGAAGCCGGCAGAGGCAGAUCCGGUGGUUCCAGAGGCGGCUCCAGAGGCAGCUUCGGCGGCGGCGGUGGCGGCGGCGGCUAUGGCGAUAGAAGCUACAACAACGAGGGCGGCUAUGGCGGCGGAGAAAGGAGCUACGGUGGUGGAAGCGGCGGUGGAUACAGAAGCGGCGGCGGCGGUGGUGGCGGAUAUGGCGGCGGCAGCGGUGGCGGAUACAGAGAUAACCGGGGCCAGGGAAGCUAUGGCGACCAAUACGACAACUAGGCCCAAGACCAAAAAUCUCCCUGACUGAAGAUCGUCACUUGGCUGGCUGUAUUUAAAAGAUGCGCCACUCAAGAAAAAUGUCCACGUGUUAUUGGUGACCUUAUUUUUUUAUAGUAUGUUCUGUUCUGUUAGCAGCUUAAGCAUAUUUAAACCAUGUUUAAAGUUACUUUAAGAUGUUCCCGCGUUGACGGGGCGCCUUAUUAUCUUGCUAUAAAUAAAUCUUGCUUUUUCAACAUAUAUUCACGUGGCUUUCUCUUCGGGGAUUUUUUUGUACAUGCAUUCCUUAGUGAUUCUAGCGCGAUUCCACAUCCUUGAGUGUUCUAUAUUGCGGAGGGGACCGUGUACUAGCAGUUUCUUUCCAAGCAAAUUUCAUUUCAGAAAGUAUUCCACACGAGGCCGACUGCUCCUCGUGUCGCAAAUUGCGGCACGCUGCAGUCGAUCCGACAUUUCAAUUUUCUUUGUUCUGCUCUUCAACGCCUGCAUUUUUAAAUGUGCUGUAAAAUGGACUGAACUUGUAUAGGUGAACAUCAAUGUAACUAGUCGCACCAGUAAAUAACAGCCGGGAUCAGUUUUGUACUUUGCUAUUUUUUUUUUGUUGGUCAAUUUGGUUUCAUGGAGACUAAACGAUUUAUAAAAAUAAAGACAUUGAACAUGAA